ACAGCAACACAUUCCCAGCGCGAGAGCAGAGCCCAGAGUAGGAAUGAGAUUCAGCUAAGUACACGAGCGCAUUGUGUGUACCUGGUUAAACGAGCUGAGGACGGGGACUACCACCGGGAAAGUCACGGCCAGACACGGGAAGAAAUAAGGAGGAGUUUUUAUCAGGAAAAAACUAUUAAAGUGAGUUUGUAGUGCAGCCGGGUGGAUUUAAGAAGUGGGCAUUGGACGUGAGUGGGACCGUUGCAGAUGUAAGAUGACAUCGAUGAAAAGGGAUUAAACUGCUGGGAUGUUUCGGAAAUAAUGAAAACAAUAUCCACUUUGUAAAGGAGAGGCUUCAGAGCCGACAGGAAUGGCUUGAUUAUUUGUCACCCCAGGAGAGCGGUGGGACAACACGGUCAGAGGCGCUCAUGUUUCUGUGGAGGAGGAAGAAAGUUUGCUGCGCUUAACUCGGAUACAAAUUUACUUUUAGAGCGGCAUUGCUGCUGUGACUGUUUCUCAUCUCAGUGGCAGAGCCUUCCUAGUUUAGUGUAGGCUCAGAACUGUCCACAAUGUCUAAACCUGUGCUUAAAAACCACUGGACCUCCAGGAUGAACGAGUGCUCCGUCUACAAGGAUGCACGGGGGGACUUGAAUGUGUCACUACGCGGCGGCGCAGAGAAUGGAGAGUUCGCCUAUAUUGGACAAGUUAACGAGGAUGUCGUGAAUUACAAAAGUGGGAAAUUAUAUGAAGGGGAACUGCUACUGGAAGUGGAGAAUCUCUCGAUUUCCGGAUUACCUUUGUACGACGUACAGACCGUGAUAAAGAACUGCAAAGGGGCUGUCAGGUUGAAAACGGUCAGGCAAGGAAACAAGCUGAACAAGGACCUGAAACAUUACCUGAGCCAGCGCUUCCAGAAAUCCUCGGCCGACCACGAACUGCAGCAGACCAUACGAGACAACCUCUACCGCCACGCCGUGCCUUGUACAACCCGUGCCCCAAGAGACGGAGAAGUUUCUGGGGUGGACUACAACUUUCUCUCAGUGGAGGACUUCCUGAAGUUGGAGAAAAGUGGGACUUUAUUAGAGAUUGGAACAUAUGAAGGUAACUAUUAUGGGACGCCCAAGCCACCGGUGCAGCCCCCCGGUGGGAAAGUGAUUAGCAAUAGCGGUAGCGGCGGUGAUGCCCCACUGCCAGACGGGCUCAGUGGUAGCCUGCCGGGCUCGCAGCCAUCCACACCCCGACGCACCAAGUCCUACAAUGACAUGCACAAUGCUGGAAUAGGGCCUGGAGUGCAGCAGCUGGAGGACGACGAGGACCUCCCGGACAUGAACAGUAGCUUUACAGGAGACUCCAGUGAAUUAGACGAGAUUCAUCACUCAGUGCGCCCCUACAUCCCCCGUCAGAGUGAACCUCCCUACAUAGGGACAACCCCCUCACCAACGGCCACCACGGAGAGCACACAGCAGUCAAACCCUCACCUGAGCCAUCCUCCCCCGGAGGACCCACUGGGACCUCUGCCUGACAACUGGGAGAUGGCCUACACCGAGAACGGAGAGGUCUACUUUAUAGACCACAAUACAAAAACAACCUCCUGGAUUGACCCUCGGUGCCUGGAUAAGCCUCAGAAACCCCUGGAAGAAUGUGAAGAUGAUGAAGGGGUACAUACAGAGGAGCUGGACAAUGACCUAGAACUUCCACCAGGAUGGGAGAAAAUAGACGAUCCAGUGUAUGGGGUCUACUAUGUUGAUCAUAUCAACAGGAAGACCCAGUAUGAGAAUCCAGUGUUGGAGGCUAAGAGGCGCAGGCAGCUGGAGCAGCAGCCUCAGCAGCCUCAGCCCCAGAGCCAGCAGCCACCUGAAGGUGAGCGCUACAUCCGAGAAUGGAUCGAGGACUCUGCGUUGGCAGGAGCCCCACUGGCCAGUUAUGCUGCCAACCACCAAGAGACCUACAGGGACCCUCCGACGGGACCUCCUGUUCCCAACGCAAUGGGACAGAAACGAGGGAAGCCGUUCUUUACUCGGAACAGAUCCGAGCUGAAGGGGACUUUCAUCAACACCAAGCUGAAAAAGAGCCGUCGAGGAUUUGGAUUCACUGUGGUGGGAGGCGACGAGCCAGAUGAGUUCCUGCAGAUCAAGAGUCUGGUUCUAGAUGGGCCUGCUGCCCUCGAUGGGAAAAUGGAGACAGGUGAUGUGAUUGUGAGUGUAAAUGACACAUGUGUGCUGGGAUACACCCAUGCCCAAGUUGUAAAGAUCUUCCAGUCCAUCCCAAUUGGCUCCAUGGUGAAUUUGGAGCUGUGCCGCGGCUACCCACUGCCUUUUGACCCCGAUGAUCCCAACACCAGUCUGGUUACCUCAGUGGCCAUCCUGGACAACAAAGACCCCAUCAUUGUUAACGGCCAGGAGGCGCCAAGCUACGAAUCGCCAUCCAGCCGCGGGAGUCAGAACAACAACAACGGCACGAUUAAUGGCGGGGCACCCUUCAACGGCCUCCCUCGACCCCACAGCCCCUCGGCGGAGCUGGCGUCUGAUACCUCCUCACAGCACGGCUACCCCAGUGAUGUGGUCACCCUGGCCUCAUCCAUUGCAACACAACCAGAGCUCAUCACUGUACACAUGGAGAAAGGAGACAAGGGCUUCGGUUUCACUAUCGCUGACAGUCCAGGAGGAGGAGGGCAGAGGGUGAAGCAGAUCGUGGACUACCCGCGCUGCCGUGGCCUCAAGGAGGGCGAUAUCAUCAUGGAGGUGAACAAGAGAAACGUGCAGAGCAUGUCUCACAACCAGGUGGUCGACCUGCUCAGCAAGUGUCCCAAAGGCAGCGAGGUCACCAUGCUGGUGCAGAGAGGGGUGGCACCUGCAAAGAAGAGCCCCAAACUGGAUAAUUCUGAUCUGGCUCCUCCAUACAGAGAUUACACUAGGAGGCAAUUGUCAAGAAAGGACAGUCAGAACAGCUCCCAGCAUAGCGUUUCCAGCCACAGGAGCGCCCACACAGACUCGCCGUUGCACCCAUCCCUGGCACCCCCUCUCAACGAGAGCAUCGCUCCCCCACCACCCUCUCAGCCCCUGCCAGGCCUGCCGCCCCAGGACUCCCCAGGAGACGGGACUAUCCAAAGAAAACCGGACCCCUUUAAGAUCUGGGCCCAAUCAAGGAGCAUGUAUGAAAGUAGGCUUCCAGACUUCCAGGAGCAGGACAUUUUCCUGUGGAGGAAGGACACAGGGUUCGGCUUCAGGAUCCUCGGAGGCAAUGAGCCAGGAGAGCCGAUCUAUAUCGGCCACAUAGUGAAGUACGGAGCUGCAGACGAGGACGGACGCCUGCGGUCUGGAGAUGAACUGAUAUGCGUGGAUGGAACGGCGGUGGUCGGAAAGUCACACCAGCUGGUGGUGCAACUGAUGCAGCAAGCUGCCAAGCAGGGCCACGUUAACCUCACCGUGCGACGCAAAACCACCUACGCAGUGAAAGCAGAGGGAGACGUCCCCCCGUCGCCUGCAUCCUCCCAUCACAGCAGCAACCAGGCACCCAGCCUGACUGAGGAGAUUGGGAAGCGCACCCCGCAGGGCAGCCAAAACUCCCUAAAUACUGUCAGCUCCGGCAGCGGCUCCACCUCUGGCAUUGGCAGCGGUGGAGGGGGCGGAGGGGCAGGGGGCAGUGGUCACGCUGUGGUCGCAACAGCAGUUGCUACCAACUCCUCUCAGCCCCCCAACGCCGUUUCCACAGUCUCCACUGGCCUGCAGCCCUAUGACGUGGAGAUCCGCCGAGGCGAGAACGAAGGAUUCGGUUUUGUGAUCGUCUCUUCAGUGUCGCGGCCUGAAGCUGGCACCACAUUUGGGCGCAUCAUCGAGGGGAGCCCGGCAGACCGCUGCGGGAAGCUGAAAGUCGGUGACCGCAUCCUGGCUGUGAAUGGGUGCUCUAUCACCAACAAGUCCCACUCUGACAUUGUCAACCUCAUCAAGGAGGCUGGAAACACCGUCACACUACGCAUCAUUCCUGGAGACGAGUCAUCAAAUGCCUCUUUGUUGACCAAUGCAGAGAAGAUUGCCACUAUAACCACCACUCACACACCUCAACAACAGGCUGCACCUGAAGCCAGGAACAACACCAAACCAAAACAGGAAUCGUUCGAGUUUAAAGCCCCGCAAGCCCCUCCUCCCCAACCCCCCACACAACAAGUCUCACCUCAGGAUUCUGAGUUCUACUCAGUGGACCUGGAGCGAGACAACAAAGGCUUUGGCUUCAGUCUGCGGGGCGGCAGAGAAUACAACAUGGACCUGUACGUGCUGCGGCUAGCUGAGGACGGAGCAGCUGUCCGCAAUGGAAAGAUGAGGGUCGGAGAUGAAAUCUUGGAAAUCAACGGCGAGAGCACCAAGGGCAUGAAGCACGCGCGAGCCAUCGAGCUCAUCAAGAGCGGAGGCCGACGCGCCCACCUUGUGCUCAAGCGGGGUGACGGCUCGGUGCCUGAAUAUGACGGCAGCGCCAACGACAACAUCUCAGCCACCUCAGCCGCAGGGUUACAAAACGCUGCGGAAGUGAGCACCUUCGAGACAGUCGCACCAUCGGAGUCAAGUUUCCCACCAGAACCCAACCAAUCAUCCCGGAGCAAGAAGGAGCCGAACCGCCACUCUACCGGCACCAGCAAGCAUCACCAUUCACACCACCGACACCGCUCCCCAAAUAAGAAAGCUAGCACGGGAAAACACAAGGGGAAGAAGUCCUCGGGGGGAAAGUACAAGUUGUUCAAGAAGAAGGAUGACAAGGGAAGUGACAGCAACCGCCAACACCGCAGUCGUCACCGUUCGCCUGAAAAGGGCCGGUCACGCAGCGCAGAAAACAACCUGGACAGCCGUCACAGAGGACGUCGUCAUGGACGCUCACCAGACAGACGUCACCGUCACCACUCCCCUAAUCGCCGUCACCGCUCUCCAAAUCGCUCCCCUAAGCGUUCUCCUUACCGUUCUCCUUACCGUUCUCCUAAACGUUCUCCUUACCGCUCUCCUUACCGGUCACCUCACCGCUCUCCUCAGCGCCACAGGUCCCCCUAUCGUUCCCGGCUCCCUUCCCCUACCAGACGCCGCGGCCACUCCUCAGAUCCCUACCGCCGCUAUGGCUCCCCUGAGAGACAGGGCCGCAGCAAUGAGAAGCCCAAUGUAGAUGAGGCUGUACUGAAGGAGCCAUCUGCGUCACCUAUACCCAGCCUCCCUCAAGAGGACAGCAUCCUCCGUGAGCUCCCAGCCCUAGAUCGCCUGAACCGGGAGGCCACACUUCCACCGCUGCGCAGGGAGGAACGCCUUUUCGGGGAGGACAGUCUGCUGCUGAAAGCAUCAACCAUGGAGAAGGCCUACCGACCAGGUGACAGCCUGCUGAAGGACAUGGCAUCCAAUGGCCCAAGAGACAACUACAGGGACAUCACCUUGCCCAGAGUGCGUACCCCCGACUCAGAUUCAGCCUACAAGAGGUACAGCUCCCUGCUUAGGGGGCGCUCACCUGAGAGGCGGGAUCCCUACGCCAGCCGAGGAAGCUCUCCUGAGCCGCAGCGAACCCGCAGUCUGGGACGCGACAUCUCCCCGAUCAGGAGCUUCAGAAGAGAUGACUCGGAGGACGAAGAGGAUGAUGACAACUUUGUAGCAGAAAAGGUGAGGGAGUACUACAGCACGCUCCAGACCAACACCAGUCGCUCAUCCAAGGCCACGCUCCCUGAGCCCAAGAUGACCUACAAGGGAAACCCCAAAGAUCUAAGCAUCUGAUUGGAUGGCUUUCAGCCAAUCACAGCCUCUCUCCACAAUACACCUCAAGUUCUCACUUCUAAUAUCAUUCGGUUCUACAGAAAUGCACCCAAUUGUGAACUAACACACACCAGACAACACAUGCACACACUUUAACACUCUCACACACACACAUUAUGUAACAAUGUUGAGUUACUAACAAGACAGUGAAUCCAAAAUGACUUUUGAAAGCUGUUUUUUUUUUUUUUUUUUCUAAUUGUAUGUUUGUUUUUUCUUUUGUUUUUUUCUUGUUUUUGGUUUAGCAUUCUACAUUUACAGUAAAUGACAGACUUUUCCAGAAAAUGUAAAACCAUAAAAAACAAUGAUGUGCCUAACAGUUCCAUUAACGAGCGACAUUUUUGAUUUUGAUUUGAUACGUGACGGGCAUUUUGUGCCUCAGUCACUGUCAGAUGAUGAAAUGUAUGUACUUUUUUCCACAAGGAGCCCAUGGAAGUACCGUGCACCUGGAUCACUGUAACCGGUGCUCACAAUGAUGCUGUGCAUGUCUUUACCGGUUUCAAUGUCCUCUCUCUCUCUCUCUCUCUCUCUCUCUCUCUCUCUCUCUCUCUCUCUCUCUCUCUCUCUCUCUCUCUCUCUCUCUCUCUCUCUCUCUCUCUGGCUCUCUGGCUCUCUGGCUCUCUCUCUCUCUCCCCAGUGCCACUGUUUUUUAGACAUUUGACCAGACUAUAGCACAAGCCUGCAUUUGUUUGUAUAUUUUUGACAGUUUGCAGUAUGUGUACAUUCAGAGGUGAUCAUUUUAAAAUGAAUGAAGGGAAAUUAAAAGUUAAACUAUGAUGAUGUUAAAAUAAAAUAAUA